AUGGUAAGAGAGGGAAUUGUGUUAGGCCAUCGAAUCUCCGACAAGGGGAUCGAGGUUGACAAAACCAAAGUUGAAGUUAUUGAAAAACUUCCCCCUUCUACCAACGAAAAAGGCAUUAGAAGCUUUUUAGGCCAUGCUGGAUUUUAUAGGAGAUUUAUAAAAGAUUUUUCUAAAGUUGCAAAACCGCUUAUAAACCUACUUGUGAAAGACACACCUUUCAAAUUCAAUGAAGAUUGUUUGAAUGCUUUUAACAAUUUGAAAAAUAAGUUGAUAACUACUCCCAUCAUCACUGCACCUGAUUGGUCACUACCUUUUGAAAUCAUGUGUGAUACAAGUGAUAGUGCUAUUGGGGCAGUCCUAGGACAAAGAAAAGAUAAGUUGUUGAUCAAAAGUUAUUGUCUAACUGAUCUUGCUGCCUUGAGGUAUUUGUUUAGUAAGCAGGAAUUCGACAUUGAGAUCCGAGAUAAGAAGGGAUCAGAGAACACUGUAGCUAACCACUUAUCUUGA